UUGUCUUGACAGUUCGUCUGAGCUUUACAGCACUUUAUAGGUUAAGUUUCAAGAUACACCCAAUAAUGAAACAUAUUUACGCAAUUUAUUAGCGAAAUACCGAUCGAUAUUAUAUGGGAGUACGAAAAUGAACGUGUUAUUGAUACUCUUUUUAAUCUUUAUAGUUGUAUACUUUAUUGUAUCUUGGCUCCUGCCGACAUGGUUGGCAUGGUUAUUCAAGAGAAAAUACCAUAUAAAGUUGAGGAUAGGAAGGAUCGCUGUACCCAAAUUGAUAUUGAGAGACGUAAGCCUAUCUAAAGAGCGAUAUUCUGUUCACAUAGAUGAAAUAUCAUUCCAAAGCAGUUGUUUCAAUUCUGAAAUCAACAAGCUUGUGUCGGUUGUGAUCCGAGGUGUGGAAGUCACAAACAAUGUGGAGGAGAAACGGAGUGUUGUCGUGGAGACCAUCCUCAAACCGUUGCUGUCCAAACAGAAUUCCCUCACCAGGGAGGGGAUGGAAGAGGAAAUCACAUCUAGAAUGUUUGAAGAUCCUAAGUUCCCAGGACAGAAGAAGCUACUGGACUUUAGAGAUAAAAAACUGCCGCAUAGUUUGAUUAUGUUUGCUCAG